AUGUCAGCGCGCGCGAGUCUGGGCCCACCAUGAGCCAUGGCCAUGUCCGUGAGCGCCGAGGACCACGACUAUGAAUCGGAGCCCGACCAGAACCGGGUGGUGGGCCGGCCGAAGGGUAAGCUGGGCCCGGCCUCAGCAGUGAAGUUGGCCGCCAACCGAACCACAGCAGGAGCUCGCCGGCGCCGGACGCGAUGCCGCAAGUGCGAGGCCUGCCUGCGGACGGAGUGUGGAGAGUGCCACUUCUGCAAGGACAUGAAGAAGUGGGGGCCCGGACGCAUGAAGCAGAGCUGCAUCCUGCGGCAGUGCAGCGUGCUGCCCCACACCGCUGUGUGCCUUGUGUGUGGCGAGGCAGGGAAGGAGGACACAGUGGAAGAGGAGGAAGGCAAGUUUAACCUCAUGCUCAUGGAGUGCUCCAUCUGCAACGAGAUCAUCCACCCUGGAUACCUUAAGAUUAAGGAAUCAGAGGGUGUGGUCAACGUUGAGCUUCCCAACUGCUGGGAGUGUCCAAAGUGUAACCAUGCUGGCAAGACCGGGAAACAAAAGCGUGGCCCUGGCUUUAAGUAUGCCUCCAACCUGCCCGGCUCCCUGCUCAAGGAGCAGAAGAUGAACCGGGACAACAAGGAAGGGCAGGAGCCUGCCAAGCGGAGGAGUGAGUGUGAAGAGCCUCCCCGACGCAGGUCAGACAAGCACCCCAAGAAGGUGCCCGCAGAUAGCAUUCUACGCCGAAAGUCUGAUGAUGUGCACCUAAGGAGGAAGCGGAAAUAUGAGAAGCCCCAAGAGCUGAGUGGACGCAAGCGAGCCUCGACGCUUCAAACGUCCCCCGGUUCCUCUCACUUCUCGCCGAGGCCCCCUCUAGGCAGCAGUCUCAGCCCUUGGUGGAGAUCCAGUCUCACUUACUUCCAGCAGCAGCUAAAACCUGGCAAAGAAGACAAACUUUUCAGGAAAAAGCGGCGGUCCUGGAAGAACGCCGAGGAUCGGUUGGCACUGGUCAACAAACCCCUUCGGCGCUUCAAGCAGGAACCAGAGGACGAUCUGCCUGAGGCACCUCCUAAGACCCGGGAGAGUGACCAGUCACGCUCCAACUCACCCACCGCUGGGCCCAGCACUGAAGGGGCUGAAGGCCCAGAAGAGAAGAAAAAGGUGAAGAUGCGCCGGAAACGGCGGCUUCCCAACAAGGAGCUGAGCAAAGAGCUAAGCAAGGAGCUCAACCACGAGAUCCAAAAGACAGAGAGUACCUUGGCCCAUGAGAACCACCAGCCCAUCAAGUCAGAGCCCGAGAGUGAGAACGAGGAGCCAAAGAGGCCCCUAAGCCACUGCGAGCGCCCCCACCGCUUCAGCAAGGUCAACGGCACUGCUCCGGAGCUGCGGCACCCCCUGGGGCCUGGCCUGCGCAGCCCACCUCGUGUUAUCUCCCGGCCCCCAGCCUCUGCGUCCCCACCUAAGUGCAUCCAGAUGGAGCGUCAUGUGAUCCGGCCGCCACCCAUCAGCCCCCCACCUGACUCGCUGCCCCUUGAUGAUGGAGCAGCCCAUGUCAUGCACAGGGAGGUGUGGAUGGCAGUCUUCAGAUACCUCAGCCACCAAGACCUGUGUGUCUGCAUGCGGGUCUGCAGGACCUGGAACCGCUGGUGCUGCGAUAAGCGGUUGUGGACCCGCAUUGACCUGAACCACUGCAAGUCCAUCACGCCCCUGAUGCUGAGUGGCAUCAUCCGGCGACAGCCUGUCUCCCUUGACCUCAGCUGGACCAAUAUCUCCAAGAAGCAGCUGAGUUGGCUCAUCAACCGGUUGCCUGGGCUCCGAGACUUGGUGCUGUCAGGCUGCUCAUGGAUUGCCGUCUCAGCCCUCUGUAGCUCCAGCUGCCCACUGCUCCGGACCCUGGAUGUCCAGUGGGUAGAAGGACUGAAGGAUGCCCAGAUGCGGGACCUCCUGUCCCCACCCACAGACAACAGGCCAGGUCAGAUGGACAAUCGGAGCAAGCUCCGGAACAUUGUAGAACUGCGCCUAGCUGGCCUGGACAUCACAGAUGCCUCCCUGCGGCUCAUUAUCCGCCAUAUGCCCCUGCUCUCCAAGCUCCACCUCAGUUACUGUAACCACGUCACUGAUCAGUCCAUCAACCUGCUCACUGCAGUCGGCACUACCACCCGAGACUCUCUGACAGAGAUCAACCUAUCAGACUGCAAUAAGGUCACUGACCAGUGCCUGUCCUUCAAACGCUGUGGAAAUAUCUGUCAUAUUGACCUGAGGUACUGCAAGCAAGUCACCAAGGAAGGCUGUGAGCAGUUCAUAGCCGAAAUGUCUGUGAGUGUUCAGUUUGGGCAAGUGGAAGAGAAACUCCUGCAGAAACUAAGUUAGU